CAUUUCCUUUUUAUAUAGCCGGUCGGUCCAUCCGCGCUGCCUAUCUAAGUGGCCGUUUGUCCAAUUGCUGACCCCAAGCUCAUUCCGUUGUCAAGCGCACCUUUCGUUCCAAAUAUUGCAGCAUUACAAAGGUGUAGAUCCACAGCAGCACGCAGCAGCCUUGACUUGUUCAACAUGUCGCAGCAGGUCGAGGGCGUUCGCAUCCUAGGUAAGGUCGAGGGCGCACACGUGCAGAUCCUCACCCCCGAAGCAAUCCGUUUCCUCGCUGUCCUCCACCGAAACUUUGAGGCCACCCGUCAGAGCCUCCUCAAGGCACGCCAGCUGCGGCAGACGCAAUUCGACGGCGGUGCUCUUCCGGACUUUCUGCCGCAGACAAAGUUCAUCCGUGAGGACCGCCAAUGGAAGUGCGCCCCGCCUGCACCCGGUCUCCGCGACCGGCGUGUCGAGAUCACUGGGCCUGUCGACAAGAAGAUGGUAAUUAACGCUCUCAACUCAGGUGCCUACACAUACAUGGCAGACUUUGAGGACUCGAACUCGCCGACCUGGUUCAACAACCUCGAUGGCCAGGUUAACAUGCGCGACGCCGUCUUCCGCCAGAUCGACUUUAAGCAGGAAAAUGGAAAGGAGUACAAGUUGAAGCCCCGUGGUCAGACUGCCACCCUCAUCGUCCGCCCACGUGGCUGGCAUCUCAAUGAGGAGAACCUCUUGAUUGACGGCAAGGCCAUCUCCGGCAGUCUGUUCGACUUUGGUCUCUACUUCUUCACUAACGCAAAGGAGCUGAUCCGGACUGGAUACGGCCCUUACUUCUACACGCCCAAGAUGGAGUCUCACCUCGAAGCACGACUCUGGAAUGACGUCUUCAACCUCUCGCAAGACUACCUUGCCAUCCCACGCGGAACAAUUCGCGCCACUGUGCUGAUUGAGACCAUCACUGCUGCAUUCGAGAUGGACGAAAUCCUGUACGAGCUACGUGACCACUCUUCUGGCCUGAACUGCGGCCGCUGGGACUACAUCUUCUCCUUCAUCAAGAGGCAGCGAUACAACAAGAACGCUAUUCUUCCUGACAGGUCUGAUGUGACGAUGACAGUUCCGUUCAUGCAGGCCUACGUCAACCUGCUCAUUCAGACGUGCCACAAGCGCCAGGUCGCUGCUAUCGGCGGUAUGGCGGCUCAGAUCCCUAUCAAAGACGACCCGAAGGCAAACGAUGUGGCGAUGGAGAAGGUCAAGGCUGAUAAGCUGCGGGAGGUCAAGGCUGGCCAUGACGGAACUUGGGUUGCUCACCCUGCGCUUGUCAAGAUCGCUCUUGAGAUCUUCGACAAACACAUGCUCGGUCCGAACCAGUACCACGUCCGUCGCGAAGAGGUCAAGGUGACCGCUCUGGACCUGCUCAACUCGAACGUCCCGGGUGCCAUCACCGAGAAGGGUGCUCGUGCGAACGUCUCAGCGCUGCUCGGGUACUGCGCAAACUGGGUCAACGGCCUCGGAUGCGUGCCCAUCAAUUACAUGAUGGAAGAUGCUGCGACUGCUGAGAUUUCUAGGCUGGGUCUCUGGUCAUGGGUCUACCAUGGUCAAUCAACGAACGACGGAACAAAGAUCACGCCGCAGUUCGUCGACCAACUGCUCGCAGAGGAGGCUGCCAAGUUGACCAAGCUGGAUCCUAAGGCUGUCGACCUUGCGCGCCGUUACCUGUCCGAUCAGGUGCGCCAGAAGGCUCCGUCCGAGUUCCUCACAACCGACCUGUACCCGCACCUCCAGCACCACAAGGCGCCUGCGCGCAUAUGAGUGCCCAGUCGCCAACCAGGUCUGACCAAUAGCUUCACUCUUCUGCCAUUGGGAGAAGGGGCGCGCAGCUCUCUUGACGCGGGGGCAUGUUUCCAUAAUUUGUACACUUACCAUGUGACUGGACUCGAAAAUGACAUGAUCGUUUCUCUGCUACAUUGUCACGAGGGG